AUGGCCGUCGCACGCCCAAUGCGACGCACAAGUCCCAUCACCUUCUUCCUGGCAGCCUUCCUCGCCUUCGGAUUCCUCUUCUUCCUCCUCUCCCCGUCAUCUUCCGCCACCACCGCAGGAGACACCUCGCAGCAACGCCGCGAAGACGCCGCAGACCACCCUCUCUCGCCGCCCACCAAACCCUUCUUCAAGUCCCAACCCGUCCGCGAUGACGGCCUCAAGGCCCCUCCCCCCGUCGUGCACUACGACCUCAACAAACUCACCACCACCAGCGACUCCGCCGACAAAGGCGAACGAGUCCUCAUCCUCACCCCCCUAGCCCGCUUCUACCAAGAAUUCUGGGACAACCUCGCCCACCUCAACUACCCCCACGAACUCAUCUCCCUGGGCUUCAUCAUCCCCAACACAAAAGAAGGCUCCGCCGCCCUGUCCGCCCUGGAAACCGCCAUCAGCAAGACGCAGAACGGCCCCAUCCCGUCCCGCUUCGCCAGCAUCAGCAUCCUGCGCCAGGACUUCGAGCCCCCGCUGCAAUCCCAGGACGAAAAGGAGCGCCACAAGCUCGAGAACCAGAAGGCCCGUCGCGAGAGCAUGUCCCGCGCCCGCAACAGCCUCCUCUUCACCACCCUCGGCCCGUCCACCUCCUGGGUCCUCUGGCUCGACGCCGAUAUCAUCGAGACGCCGCCGACGCUCAUCCAGGACCUGACGGGGCAUAACUACCCUGUUAUCGUCCCGAACUGCUACCAACGGUACUACAACGCCGACCACAAGCAGAUGGAGGUCCGCCCGUAUGACUUCAACUCGUGGGUCGAUAGCUCCAAUGCCCAAGCAUUGGCCGAGAGUAUGGGUCCUGAUGAGAUUCUCCUCGAGGGCUAUGCCGAGAUGCCCACGUAUCGCACGCUCAUGGCGUAUCUGGCUGACACGGAGAGUCCCAACCCGAGGCGCGUGAUCGAGCUCGAUGGCGUCGGUGGCACGGCGUUGAUGGUCAAGGCCGAUGUGCAUCGUGACGGAGCCAUGUUUCCGGCUUUCCCCUUCUAUCAUCUCGUUGAGACGGAGGGGUUCGCUAAGAUGGCUAAGAGGUUGGGAUAUCAGGUCUUUGGGCUGCCGGAUUAUUUU